AUGCGGCCAAGGGUGACAGCGCCGGCUCCAGCACCCAAACCGGUGCCCAAGAAAGCCCCUCCUUUUUUGCGGGCGCGGUUGGCCCCCCCUCCGCCCAAGGCUAUCCCGACGACGGCCGAGACCACGGCCGAGGAGCCCACCCCGACGGCCGAGCCCAACCCGACCACGGCCGAGCCCAGCAGCCCCACCAUGGCCGAGCGAACAGUAUGGUUCGAGGAUCCCACCCCGACGCCCGAGCCGAUGGCGACAACACCGGCCGAGCCCGAGCCGAAGGCGACAACACCGGCCAAGGCUACGACGGCCGAGCCCAAGGUCCGCCCGAAGUCGAAAGCCAGACCCAAGAAGGGCCAGGGCAAGGGCAAAAGCAAGGGCAAAGGGAAGCGCAGGCGCCGCCGCUUGACGCACGAGGAAAGGCAUCCUCGUCCAAGGGUUCGCAGUAUGUGGUUUUCCGCAGCUUGGUCUUAUUAA